AUGUCUGGUGUACCUAAAAAUGACAAACUAAUUCUUAUUUGGCUUGAUGCAAAUAUUGAUCCAAACUUAGAAAGAGAUCUACAUCAGGCUGUUCCUGUUUUAAAAAUAUUCCAGGAUCCCAACCAAUGUUUUGAUCAUAUAACAUCACUAGAAAAUGAUGAAAAAAUACUUUUGGUUGUAUCGGGUUCACAUGGUCAAAACACUGUACCACUCAUUUAUCAACUUCCACAACUGAUUUCGAUUUAUGUAUACUGUAUUAAUAAACAAGCUCAUGAACAGUGGGCAAAAGAUUAUGAGAAAGUUUGUGGUGUGUUCACAGAUAAACAAGAACUGUUGGCAAAAUUAAACAAGGACAUUUAUAAGUACACGAGAAGUCAUGAGCAAAUGAUCAGUACAUUGUGGACGACGUCAGAAAAUUCGACACGAUCUUUAACAGACGAAAAAGUAAUAUUUAUGUGGUUUCAAAUAUUGACCGAAAUUCUUCUACGUACACCUCAGCUGUCUACAGCACAAGAUGAAAUGUUAAAUGUGUGUCGUCAAAAUUAUGUUGAUAACCAAGAGGAACAAUUAAAUAUUAAGAAAUUUCAACAAUCGUUCACACCUGAAAAAGCUGUUUGGUGGUAUACACGUAAUACAUUUUUAUAUAUUUUAUUAAACAAGGCAUUUCGUACACAAAACAAAGAUGACAUAUUUUCAUUUCGAUAUUUCAUUGUUCAUUUACAUAAUCAAUUAACGCAAUUGAAUAGAGAAUAUAUACUAUCCUUGACGAACAAGUCGGCACUAAUAUGUUACAGAGGACAGAAGAUGUCAUCAACGGAAUUAGAAAGAUUAAAGAAGAAUAUUAACGAUCCCAUAUCUAUGAAUAGUUUUUUAUCAACAACAACAAAAUAUGAUGUAGCUAAGGAAUUUGCACUUCGUGGCAUAACACCUAAUAUGGAACCGGUUUUAUUUUGUAUGCAUAUUGAUUUAACCGUGCCAAUAUCAACGCCAUUUGCUAACAUAUCAUCAUUCAGUGCCUAUAAAACUGAAGAAGAAAUUCUCUUUUCAAUGGGUGCAUUAUUCCGUCUUGAUUCAGUUAAGCAAGAAGAUAAUCUAUGGUGUAUUCAUUUGACAAUGAGUAAAUCAAAGUUGGAUCCUCAACUCAAACUUUUAUUCGAUUACACAAAACAAGAAAUUGGUUCAACACGGACAACAUUUUCAACAUAUGGAAAGUUUUUAGCAUUCAUGUCAGAAUUUGAUUCAUCAAUUCGAUAUUUUAAUCAAUUAUUAGCACAAUUACCCGAUGAUCAUUGUGAUUUACCAACAAUAUACAAUGAUUUGGCUUAUGCUUAUCGAGAAUCACAUCAAUAUGAUAAAGCAUUGGAAUGGUAUAAUAAAGCUAUUCAACGUCGAGAACAACAAAAAGCAUUCAUGCCGACUGAUGAUCAUAAUCUUGAUCUGGCACAAUCCUACAGUGAUGUUGGAUGGCUUCAUAUGAAUCUUGGAAAUCAUGCGCAGGCGCUCGACUGUCACAACAAGGCACUAGCAAUAAGACUGAAGAUAUUAGGACAAAAUCAUCCAGAUAUAGCCAUGUCUUACAAUUGUCUAGGCUGUGUUCAAACGUAUAUGGCAGAUUAUGAUAAAGCCUAUACAAAUUUAAUGUUAGCAUUAAACAUUCGCAAGGAAACAAUGCCCGAUAAACAUCCAUUUGUAGCCAUGUCUUAUUCAUCAUUAGGUUCAUAUUAUAUCGUACACAAUAAAAAGAGAGAAGCCUUAGAGAAUUUUCAACGUGCUCUUGAAAUUUAUCAAUUUUCUGUACCACCGUCACAUCAUAUCCUCAAAAGUGCUCAGAAAGCAGUUGAUAGACUUACAGAUAAGAUGAAAACAUAG